AUGAAUAAUUUGUACAAGUUUCAUGAAUAUAUUAUUUUAAGUCUCUUGGACAAGUUCUUAGGAGUGGAUUUCUUGGCUUCUUGGGCCUGUAAGUGUCUGCAUGGACAGUUCCCCUUGCAGUCCACCAAGCCAGCUUUAAAUCACACUGCCUCUGAGUGCCCCACCUUCUCCUUCAUUAGAAUCCCAGGAUUGGAGGCUGAGUAUAUAUGGAUCUCAAUUCCCAUCUGCCUUCUCUACCUGAUGGCCAUUGUAGGCAAUUCUCUUCUCCUCAUCAUACUUAGAGCAGAUCACAAUCUUCAUGAACCUCAGUUUUAUUUCUUGGCCAUGCUUGCUCUCACUGACUUGACUACAAUGCCCAGUGUCGUGGCUAUCUUCUGGUUUGAUGUGCGCCUCAUUGGUCUGGAUGCUUGUCUGACUCAAAUGUUCUUCAUCCAUACCCUGUCGUCGGUAGAAUCAGGUAUCCUGGUGGCCAUGGCAUUUGACCGUUUGGUGGCCAUCUGUGCUCCGCUAAACUACACUCCGAUCCUGACACACUCUUCUGUUGCCCACCUUGGCGUAGCUGCUCUCAUCCGAGGUGUUUCUCUGCGGAUCCCUUUGCCUCUUUUUCUCAAGAAUUUCCCUUUUUGUGGAGCCAACAUCCUUUCACACUCUUAUUGCUACUACCCAGAUAUGUUGAAAUUGGCCUGUGGGGACGUCACAUUCAGCAGUGUCUACGGAUUGGUUUUUGUGCUCUGCACAUUUGCAGUGGAUGCUGUCUUCAUCCUAGUGUCCUACAUGAAGAUAUUGGGCACUAUCAUGAAGCUGGGGACCCAGGAGAGAAACUGUACAUCUCUGCAUGAUAGAAUUUUGUAA